GAGGAUUCAACAUGCUAUUAUGGGGUGCUUCUGCCGUUUCGUUGGCUAGUUAUUUCAUAGAGCUGAAAGAGUAUGGCGAUGAAGCUAGAGAGGAUAGUGUGAGUUUGAAAACUGUCGAUGUUCUUCGUGUCUUGGAGCUUUUGUACCUCUCAAUCACCCUUGCUACAGUAGUGUCCAUAACAGGAAUAUUUUCUUUUUAUCAGGAGGCAAAAAGUGUGAACAUUAUGAGCACAUUUGCUCAUAUGAUACCAACGAAAGCUCAUGUUCUCCGGGAUGGCAGAAUCAUAGAUGUUAAUGUCGAAGAUGUAGUUCUAGGAGACAUAGUAGAAAUAAGUGGAGGAGAUAAAGUUCCCGCUGACCUUCGAAUCAUUAGCGCAAGAGGCCUCAAGGUGGACAAUUCAUCGUUGACGGGAGAAUCAGAGCCACAAAUUCGAUCAGCUGACUUCACGCAUAAAAAUCCUCUUGAGUCGAAAAAUGUAGCUAUGUUUUCUACAAGCGUACUUGAAGGAUCAGCUAGAGGAGUUGUCAUACUGACAUCCGAUAAUACGGUUGUUGGGAGAAUCGCAGCUCUUACUGCUCAAGUAUCAUCGGGAUCAACUCCCAUCGCAAGAGAAAUCAAUUAUUUCAUUAAUAUUGUCACAUUUGUGGCUGUUGGCAUUGGUGUCACGUUCUUUGUCCUGGCAUUUGUUUACGGCUAUACACUGAUCCAGGCCUUACUCUACUUCAUGGGAAUUAUAGUUGCAGAAGCUCCCGAAGCAAUUGUUGCUACCGUGACGGUGUGCUUGACCCUAACAGCAGUAAAAAUGCGGAAAAGAAACUGCUUGGUGAAGAACUUGGAGGCUGUUGAGACACUCGGAUCAACGUCAACGAUCUGUUCAGACAAAACUGGCACGCUAACUCAAAAUCGAAUGACCAUUACCCAUUUAUGGUGUGAUGGAAUGAUAGACGAGGCUGAGCAAUGUUUGCCAAAUGGGAAAAUGAGGGGUCGAGUGAGGCACAGAAUGGAAGGAACAUAUAAGUUUCUUCUUAGGUGUGCUGCGCUUUGUAGUCGAAGCACAUUC